AUGUCCGUUACUUGGAAUCAAGAAGCAGUACAAGAACUUCAUGUACCUUCACUAACAAGUGAAGCGUCCAAUAUCUUCGCUAUUUUACUAUUAUUGGUGUUGUGUGCUACUGGUUUAUUAGGUAAUUUACUUGUAUGUGUGGCAAUUAAGUUCAAUAGGAGGUUGCAUAAUAUUCCCAAUUAUUUCCUAUUUUCACUGACGUUAACUGAUUUAUUGGUAUGCGGUCUGGUGAUGCCAAUUACCAUCGUUGUGGAAGUACAUCAAGGAGUAUGGACAUGGAGUUUUUUGAUGUGCUUAUUUUAUGUAUAUGCCGAUGUGUUUUUGUGCACCGCCAGUAUUGUACAUAUAUCUGUUAUUUCACUAGACCGAUACAUCGGAAUUUCGAAACCUUUAAAAGCUCGAGAUAAAUCAAAAACAUCGAUAGCGGUGAAGUUAACCACUGUAUGGAUAACAACGAUACUGAUCUCCUGCCCAAUUGCUAUCAUGGCCCUUAUUGAUUCAAGCAAUAUAUUUAACGAUAACACAUGCCGCAUUGCUAAUCGUUACUACAUGAUUUAUGGAUCAACAUUCGCAUUCUUGAUACCAUUUCUUAUUAUGGUAGUUACUUAUGUCCGCACUACAAGUCUUCUCAAACAACAAUCAACAGUUAUUAGUUAUCAAGGCACGGAUACCAAUAAUGAAGCAUUCAUUCUGAGACGUACCUGUACGCAGCGCAAGUAUAUUUCGGAAAAGUAG